AUGGAACAGUCCUCUAAGCAGUUCAUAGUGCUCAUAGUCAUAGUGCUCUCAUGCGGUGAUGUUGCCAAGAAUACUCGCCAAGCACUUGCUAAGAGCAAUAUAAACGUUUUUACCAUAAACACAUUUAUCAGAGACCUCACUACGAAACGUAGCCCCACACCUCUAACUUCCACAGCGGGCGUCUUCACCAUCCCGUCCCAAGAAAUAUGUAGGGAAAACAGUUCGCCUGAACGAACAUUGAAACGCCAGCAACAGAGACGACUUAAGGUACGCCUGUUAAACGCCGUGAGGACUUGGAGAAACUUAGACUUCAGCAGCGACAACGAGAACAACUCAGCUCCAGUCGACUACGAUGUCCAAGAGAUUAUUGUCCAUCCACAGUAUGACCCGGAGUCCCGUGUGAGGUACAACGACAUCGCUAUGAUCAAAACAGUUGAGAAGAUCACUUACAACGAGUUCGUGUUCCCGUACUGCUUAGUGAGGGAGCGUCCGAAGCCCAAGACCCUCGUCACCGGCGCUGGCUUCGGCCUCAUUAAUGCCACACACCAGUCCCCCAUCCUGCAGGAGGCGGAGCUGAAGGUGGUGGGCACGGCAGAGUGUGAGAACAUCUACAAGAACGAGGACUACGAGCCUCAGCUGAGACUUCUCUACCCUAACCUGCUGGAGAGUCAAGACAUCAUCUGCGCCAGCUUCCCCAACAGGAGUGCUUGUCAGGGUGACUCAGGAGGUCCUCUCUUCCUGGAUGAUGAUGAGGGUCGACGGUUCCUGGUGGGGAUAGUGGGCGCCGGUGUCUCCUGCCGGGGCAGCGGCGUCUCCAGGCUACCUGGUCUCUUUAUUAGCAUCGCUGAUCACAUUCCCUUCAUAAACAGCGUUUUGUUUGAGGAUCUAGGCACCGAGUGACCACCUUCACUACAGCAUCUUAAAGAAUACAGAUAAGACUGUAAACCAAAGAACCCACACACACACACACACACACACACACACACACACAUAAUCUGAAAGGUUACUUGAAGGCUCUGACAGUGUACAGGGAAUAUGAGACAAACAGUUACUGGAUUUCAACCCAAGCAAGUGCAAACCUACAAAAAAUUAAGGAGAAAGAAGACUGGAGACGGAGUAUAAACUUUUCGAACAGACUGCAGACUUCUAAAGUGGAGAAAAAAAUGGUGACAGUAGUGACUCUCGUAUAACGCCGGACGUGCACAUCAGCGGUGCAGCUUCAGUAGUAUUUACUCAUAAAACGAACCUGAAAACUCAUUUCAGAAACCUAAAUAUAUAAUACUUUAGUUACUGUAACAGAUGAUAGAGUAUGAAGUAUUAGACUCAAGUCCAGACUUGUUAGGAGGCUGACCCGGCGACUGGUUCAGGAAGUGGCUGACCCGGCGACUGGUUCAGGAAGUGGCUGACCCGGCGACUGGUUCAGGAAGUGGCUGACCCGGUGACUGGUUCAGGAAGUGGCUGACCCGGCGACUGGUUCAGGAAGUGGCUGACCCGGUGACUGGUUCAGGAAGUGGCUGACCCGGUGACUGGUUCAGGAAGUG